GGUGACAUCUGCUGACCAUAAAUGUGUCAAGACAAGAAGUCGAGACCCAAUGCUAGUCUAUUUUACUAGUGGAACUACAGGCUUUCCAAAAAUGGUGGUGCAGUCCCACAGCAGUUAUGGAAUUGGAUUUGCAACCAGUUCCAGGCGUUGGAUGAAUUUGACUCCCUCAGAUAUAAUGUGGAAUACCUCUGAUACUGGCUGGGCAAAAUCAGCUUGGGGCAGUGUUUUUUCACCAUGGAUCUGUGGGUCAUGUGUCUUUGUACACCAUUUGCCACAGUUUCAACCAGCAGUUAUUGCAGAGACUCUCUCAAGAUAUCCCAUCACUACCUUCUGCACUGCUCCCACUGCCUAUCGCAUGAUGGUCCAACAUGAUCUGAGCAGCUACAAGUUCAUGAGUCUGAAGCACUGUGUAACUGGAGGGGAACCACUCAAUCCUGAAGUGAUGGUGAAGUGGAAAAAACAGACAGGGCUGGAUAUCCAUGAAGCUUAUGGCCAGACUGAAACA